GAGGGUCUAUGCUGGAGAAAGAAGGAGAUGUACACUGGCGCCAUCUUUGAAGAGCAGCCGUGAUGGUUUUGUUCAUCAUUCAGACUUGUAUAAACUGAUCCAUCGGUAGCAACUCUGCGAUUAAAUUUUGAAUUUUUAGAUCGAGAUUGUUGCGGCAGUUGUGAGAGAGGUAGGCUAGAGACGAAGAAGAGGUUUUACGGAGUUGGGGUUUUUGGUAGUGGUGAUCGAAGGAGAAGGGGUUUUCGAUUGAAUCUAGGGUUUCCCAAUGGGUCGGAGUACGAAGAAGAAGAAGAAACGUGGAGGUCAUAGCGGGAGAAGAGGUCAGCUGAAGGACCAUGGAUCUAACGAUGAUGAAGACAAUGAACUUCUCUCCGAGGAGAUCACUGCUCUCUCUGCGAUAUUUCAGGAAGACUGCAAAGUCGUCUCUUCUUCUAGCUCAACGUCGCCUCCUCAAAUAGUUAUUAAACUAAGGCCUUACUCUAAAGAUAUGGGGUAUGAGGACACUGACAUCUCCGCUACGCUUUUAGUUAGAUGCUUACCAGGGUAUCCUUACAAGUGCCCCAAGCUGCAGAUUACUCCGGAACAAGGGUUGACAACAGCUGAUGCGGAGAAGCUUCUAUCUCUUCUUCAGGACCAGGCAAGUUCCAAUGCUCGUGAAGGCCGGGUUAUGAUAUUCAACUUGGUGGAAGCUGCUCAAGAGUUUUUAUCCGAAAUAAUUCCUGACAGUCACGAUGAGGAAUCUGUUCCAUGCUCGACUACACAGCCAGGCGCUCAGUUCAUUGAGGAAGCUGUGCCUAAAGCAAAACCCUCUUCUGCUGGACCUUUUGUAUAUGGUUUUAUAGACUUGUUUAGUGGAUUGGAAGAUUCAAGGAAUUGGAGUCUGAAUCUAGAUGAAAAUAGAGGAGUCGUUUCUACAGUACAACCACACCCACUAGAAGCUUCAAGAAUUUUGCAUGAGAAGCCGGACAAGAGUCUGAAGCGAUCUGAAGAUCACGCUAAAGAAGAAGUUGCAUUGCCUUCUCCUAUUGCGAAACCAAAUACUCUUGAAGGGGAUAAUGUUGAUGAUACAAGCACUUCUUCUUUUGACUCAAGUAGCUCUACUGAAGAUGGAUUUAUCCAAAAUCAGAAGAAGAAAUCGUUUUUCAGAUCAAAUAUCCAAGAUGAUACAAGUGAAGAUGACAACAAUCAAUCCGAAAGUGAGUCGGAGUCAUGGUCUUCUGCUUCCUCAACUCAAGAUCAAGUUCCUCAAAUUAGCAAGCAAGAUCUAUUAAUGGUCCAUCUACUCCGAGUUGCUUGCUCUUCCAAAGGGCCUUUGGCUGAGGCAUUGCCACAGAUAACCGAUGAACUGCAUCAGCUUGGUAUAUUGUCUGAAGGGGUGUUAGAUUUAGCUUCCAAGCCAUCUCCAGACUUCAAUAGAACUUUUGAAGAUGUAUUCAAUCAAAACAUGGCCUCAACCCGAGUUCCUCAGUUUUGGGAGCAACCUUCUGAUUUUGGCAAGGCAAAUGCGUCACUUCCAAGUUCGCGGUAUCUUAAUGAUUUUGAAGAGUUGAAACCCCUUGGUCAAGGUGGGUUUGGUCACGUAGUGUUGUGCAAAAAUAAAUUGGAUGGAAGACAAUAUGCAGUAAAGAAAAUUCGACUGAAGGACAAAGAGAUACCUGCCGACAACCGGAUAGUUCGAGAAGUAGCAACACUUUCCCGCUUGCAGCAUCAGCAUGUUGUACGUUACUAUCAGGCCUGGUUCGAAUCAGGGGUUGCUGAUCCUUAUGCUGGCGCAAAUUGGGGAUCAAAAACUGUAGGGAGCUCAAUGUUCAGCUACUCAGGUGCGGUGUCAACUGAAAUUCCUGAGCAGAACAAUAAGCUUGAGUCUACUUAUCUGUAUAUCCAAAUGGAGUAUUGUCCCAGGACUCUGCGGCAGGUUUUUGAAUCAUAUAAUCACUUCGACAAAGAUUUUGCAUGGCAUUUAAUUCGCCAAAUUGUCGAAGGCUUAGCUCAUAUCCAUGGACAAGGGAUAAUUCAUCGAGAUUUUACACCUAAUAACAUUUUCUUUGACGCCCGGAAUGAUGUCAAAAUUGGGGAUUUUGGUCUUGCAAAGUUCUUGAAGCUCGAACAGUUGGAUCAAGAUGGGGGCUUCUCUACGGAUGUGGCUGGAAGCGGAGUUGAUAGUACUGGUCAAGCUGGUACUUACUUUUACACAGCACCUGAAAUUGAACAAAGUUGGCCUAAGAUCGAUGAAAAGGCUGACAUGUAUAGCUUAGGGGUUGUGUUUUUCGAACUUUGGCACCCUUUUGGAACCGCCAUGGAGAGGCACGUUAUUUUAACUAAUUUAAAGCUGAAAGGAGAACUACCUCUCAAAUGGGUAAAUGAGUUUCCCGAACAGGCUUCUUUACUGCGACGUUUGCUGUCUCCAAGUCCAUCUAAUCGCCCCUCUGCUACAGAACUUCUUCGGCAUGCAUUUCCUCCCAGAAUGGAAUCUGAGUUACUGGACAAUAUCCUAAGAAUAAUGCAAACUUCUGAAGAUUCAAGUGUUUAUGAUAGAGUAGUAAAUGUGAUAUUUGAUGAAGAAGUAUUGGAGACGAAGUGCCAUCAGGCUAGUGGAUCAAGAGUUUGUGCAGAUGAUAGUUAUGUUCAGUACACUGAGAUGGAUACCCAGCGUCGUGAUUAUGUUGUUGAAAUCACAAAGGAAGUCUUUAGGCAGCAUUGUGCGAAACAUCUAGAGGUCAUCCCAAUGCGUUUGCUUAGUGAUUGCCCCCAAUAUAGCAGGAAAACUGUAAAACUUUUGAGUAAUGGAGGAGAUAUGCUUGAACUAUGCUAUGAGCUACGACUGCCUUUUGUGCAUUGGAUUAGCGCAAAUCAGAAAUCCUCAUUCAAGCGAUAUGAGAUCUCCCAUGUCUACAGGAGAGCAAUUGGCCACUCUCCACCAAAUCCUUGUCUUCAGGCGGACUUUGACAUUGUUGGAGGUACAACAUCUCUGACAGAGGCAGAAAUUCUCAAGGUGAUAGUGGACAUCACAACCCACAUCUUUCAUCGUGGAUCUUGUGAUAUUCAUUUGAAUCAUGGAGAUUUGCUGGAUGCGAUUUGGUCUUGGGCAGGGAUUAAGGCAGAGCAUAGGCGAAAGGUUGCAGAGCUUCUUUCCAUGAUGGGAUCCUUACGUCCUCAGUCAUCUGAGAGGAAGCUAAAAUGGGUUUUCAUAAGGCGUCAACUUCUGCAGGAGUUGAAGUUACCUGAAGCUGUUGUCAAUAGGCUUCAGACUGUUGCUUCAAGAUUUUGUGGAGCUGCAGAUCAAGCACUUCCUCGUUUAAGGGGAGCUCUGCGUGCUGAUAGACCUACACGCAAGGCACUUGAUGAGUUGUCAAACCUCUUAACCUACUUAAGAGUCUGGAGAAUAGAAGAGCAUGUUCAUAUUGAUCCUCUGAUGCCACCUACCGAAAGUUAUCACCGGAAUUUGUUCUUUCAGGUUUUCUUAACCAAAGAAAAUAGCACUGGGACAUCUAAUGAUGGCGUUUUACUUGGUGUUGGUGGUCGUUAUGAUGAUUUGGUUCAUCAAGUGUGUGAUCGUGAAUAUAAAAUGAAUCUCCCUGGUGCUGUUGGCGUCAGUCUUGCACUGGAGACAAUAUUUCAGCAUCUUCCUAUGGAUCUAAGGCCUGUUAGAAAUGAAGUCAACACCAGUGUACUUGUUUGUUCAAGAGGAGGUGGCGGUUUACUGGUCCAGCGCAUGGAGCUAGUUGCGGAGCUAUGGGAAAAAAGUAUAAAGGCUGAGUUUCUUCCAACACCUGAUCCAAGUCUUACAGAGCAGUAUGAAUAUGCAAACGAACAUGAAAUCAAAUGUCUAGUGAUUAUCACAGAGCCUGGUGUGGCUCAAAAUCAAAUAGAGUUUGUAAAGGUUCGGCACCUUGAGUUGAAAAAGGAGAAAGUGGUACAAAGAGAAGAACUUGUUAGAUUCCUGCUGGCUGCAAUGGCUGUUCAGUUUAGAAACCCCUCCGUUUGGAGCUAAAGAGAGUAAAGAAAGAUCUAACUUUUGUUUUCACUUUUGCUUGAUGAAAAUUAUUUACACUCAGAUCACAGUUUUUGAUCAUUCACCAUCUUGUAUAUAUUGGUCUCGGUUAGUUGUUUGAUUCUCUUGCAAAAUAGUUAAAGAAAAUGGUUAGGAAUCUGAUUGUUUAAUAU